AUGGCCGCAACAACAAGCGUUUCUGGAAUCGGAGGUCCAGACAUGGCUUACAUCGGAGAACUUUACGAGAAUAUAUCCCGACAUCCACCAGGCAUAGGUGCUAGAAAGCUGCUUAUUGAACAUUACAUGUCAGUCGGCAACGAAUGGUUAGAAGGAGCAUUAGACGAGGCAAAGAAACUUCAGAGUUUGGAUCCAACAGACUCUGAUGUUGCCGAGUUCUUGAAGAUUCUCGAGAAGAAGCCAGAACCUCCAGCGCCCGAAAAGAAGGCAGCCGAAGCCAAGCCCGCGUCUUUGACGCAAUCACGGGGCGAGGUUAUCAACAAUGUCCGACAUAAGGCUAAACCGAUACGUAAACGUGAAUCAAACCACUCGGACUUGAUCUUGGGAAAGCCGGUCGGCGAUUUGGACGAUUCGCAGCGAGACCUGGUCAUUGGAUACCAAAAUAUACGUGCAAAGGCAACUCACGUAUUCGCUAACCUGCUACGUCUACAGGCCCUCCAGAGGAAAUCCGGCUUGCCCCAAUCCAAAAACCUCGGCAAAGUCCAUGCUAUGGUAGAUGGUGACGAUAACGCCACCUACAUUGGGAUGCGACCGCCUGCAAGUGCUCGUUCUGUAGCGCGCAAUGUUCGGAACAAUUCCAAAGAGGCCACCAACCUUGUCAUAACAGAUCUGGAAGACAUGCUCAAGUGGGUUCGCGCGCCAAAUGGCACGCCUUCAGGCGCAAGUAUCGAUUCCAUCCGCGAUGCUCUUGUCACACGCCGGAGAGCAAUCGAAUCGGCGCUUCCUGAUGAGCUAAAGAUCCAUUGCGAGCUAGGCUUCAUGCACGUUGAGCAUGAACAUCUCGAAAGAAAUUAUGUCAAUGACGAGACUAUGCUCGGAGACGAGGUCAAGGAUAUCGCAAGGGAGGACUUCUACGUAACUGAAGACAACUACGCGUGGUCGAUGGAUGAACUCGUUCAGGCUAUACAGGCAAACAGUGGUAUAUUUCGGAACCCUCUCAGCAAAGAGAUGUUCACACCGAAAGAUGUCAAGGGAAUUCUCCUACAUCCAACAGGCCGCUCUUUAGCGGCUCUCCGCGUUGAGCAGCACAAAAUGUCCAAGGGUGUGCGGACUGAUACGAUCGUCCGGAUGGAGAAGCUAUCAGCGGUUUUGCUGGAAGAUCAAAGUAGCGAUAACCUCCCCAGUCGAAAAGCAGUAGACGAGUUUCUUCUUUAUAUUGCAACCCUGCCAGACCUUGAGCAGAAAGCGAUAGAAAGCCUUAAAUGCCCUGCCAAAGACUCUCACACCGGACAGUAUUAUGACUUCACCAUCGGUGAGGCAGUACGGGACGCAAAAGGCAAUCUCGUAUGUUUUCACAAGACGGGCGAUUUCAUCAAGCAAGCCGCUGCACACUUACGAAGGAACUGUGGUGUCGCCCCAGACACAGAGCAAGGGAAUUGUUCAGCCAUGUAA